GAUAACUUUCCAGUCUUGAUUCAUUGAUAGUGAACCCGUGUGUGUUUACCUCUGAGCGGCGACUAGUCAAUACCAUGUGGCCUAUGUAACAGCUAACGUUGUGGAAGACUAAUAAAGAAAAAUGGGUAUACGUGGCCUUCACUCGUAUGUCCUUGAACAUGCAUCAAAAACCCUUGAGUGGCACAAGCUUCACAACCGUAAUCUCAUCAUUGAUGGCAACAAUUUGGCACAUUUUUUGUAUGAUGAAUGUUCAGGCAUCAAUGCUUACUUUGGGGGCGACUAUGACAAAUAUGCAAAUUUCAUCCAAAAGUUUUUUGAAGGGUUGCAGAAAUGUAAUGUAAAAGUCAUCGUUGUGAUGGAUGGUGGCCAGCCUGUUGACGGCAGCAAAUGGGUGACAGUCCAAACCAGGUUGCAGAUGCAGCUGAGCAUGUGUCUGCGAGCCAGCCCCUCCAUUGCCAAAUUCAAAAUUUUUCCCCCAAUGGGUCGCCAAGUCUUUGUGACAACUCUUCGCUCCAUGGACAUCACGAUCUUGCAGACUGACUUUGAGGCUGAUAUGGAAAUAGCUGUCCUUGCCAAGAACCUGGGCUACACAGUGUUAAGCAAUGACUCAGACUUCAUUGUGUGUGAUGUGCCCCUGAUCAGGCUGGAAUCCAUGAAUUACAAGAAUGUCGUUACUGAGACUGAUAAGAAGACUGGAGAGACCAUCAACUAUAUUCCCUGCUUUCUCUUUAAUAGAGAGGAGUUUUGCACGAAUGCUGGCAUAAACAAAGAACACCUGCCUCUCUUCGGCACCUUGUUGAGUAAUGACUACAUACCCCUUGGUGCGUUCUCCAGCUUCUAUCUUCAGUUGCAGUCGGAAAUACAGCGGCCUGGCCAUAAAAAGAUGAGAAAGGGAAAGUUCGGAGACUUUACAGAAGGCCACCGAAGAAUAGUGAAUCUUUUGUCUUUCUUGUCUCGGCACGCGUCAAAGCCUCUCAAGAAAAUUACGAAUAUUGUAACAAGUCAGUACUUCAAUAACAGGCUGAGAAGAGAAGUGAACUCAUGUGUUGAAAGUUAUGCCAACUUGGAUGCUAGCAAAAGCAACCUCUUCAGCGCUCUCCCAGAAUCCAUCAUCAGCGAAGCUUCUCUAGAAGAGGUGGGAAAAAAGGGAAAGAUAAUGCAAACUGAAUUGAGACUCAAGAAUGGCAAUCGGCCUCCCAACUGGUUUGUCGAGGCUUACCGUACACAGCGCAUCCCCCACGAGGUGUCGGACAUUUUGACAAAGGGAGACUUCAUCUCCCCACCACAGGUUGAGAUGAAGGAGCUGCGUUCAUCGUACUUAGUGGCUGAACGCAUUGUACGCUCUGUGUACACUGUUUUGUGGAAGGGCUUGCCAUUAGAAGCACAGGAAUACGACAGUGAGGAGGAAUCGUCAGAAUUCGACAACAGUAGCCAAGAUGGCACAGAUGUUACACUUCUCGACAGUGAUGGAGAAGAGGGAAACAAAGAGGCCAGUGAUGAAGAGGAAGAGGAAGAAAACGAAACAAUCAGUAAAGAAGAGGGAAAGGAGGAAAUCAACAUGAUAGCUGACGAAGAGGAAGAGGAAAUGGUCAGUGAAGAAGCGAAUAGUCCACCAUCGCAGCAAAGUAAAACACAGGCAGAGGGACAUGGCAGCAGCCAAAAUAGGGGCUUAAAGAGGACAAACCAGGAGGUCAUGAAAAAAAGCAAAACACAGGCCACUCAUAUCAACAAAAGGAGAAAACAGACGACCAGUGAUAAGAAGGGCAGAGCAGUACAGAGAAAGCAUCUGAGGUGGUUUAUUAGAAAUGAUGAUAGGUUAUGGAUAAAAAAUGUUUAUUUCUUGGGGAAACAAAGCGCAAAUUUGUUGCCCUCCCUUGAUGAUGUUGAGAAAAUGUCUCUUUAUGAAAAGAAAAUUGCAUUUUAUAGGAUGUUGAAUUUGGAAUCUAGAUUCCAGCAUCUAGAGUUACCUGAUGACUUGGAGUUAAUCUUAGAUUUCAUCCUUUUUUGGUUUGAGAACAGCAGCAUAGAUUUAGCAGACAUCCAUGGCAUAGCAGCAUUGAUAUGUAUUAUUCAGUAUUAUAUCAUAGAUGGCAAGAAUGGCCGGGUGAGAACUAAGAAGAGAUUUGAAGAAGCACCAGCUGCCCAAGAGAGAGUUCAGAAAUUGAAGAAGAAUCCAGACUAUUCAAGGCAAAAUGCUUCUGUCAUAGAGCUCUUGUACUAUAUGAGUCAUGAUGAGUGUUUGGUAGCUGGGAGCAAUCUCUUCAAUUUUCAUCAUAUGAGGAAAAAUAUGAGUGCUCAGGAAUUCAACAUAAGAACUGUGCAUGCCUUCAGUGAGUUUCAAGCAUGUGUGUACUUCAUGCAGCUAGUAAAUAGUUUGUUGUGCUUCCCCUUCCCUCUUUUGAGCAUCGAGUUUCUGUGGGGUGGGACUUUCAGUUAUAACAUUUUCCACCAUUUGAAGAGGUGUGGAGAUCCAGUGGUGUGGACAAGACAAACACUGGGAAUGGGAACAUGCUUGGAGAGGUUGUUUGUCAAGCUUUACAGUGCAGUUUCGAAGAAACACAAGUUACCAAUCUUGAGAGGAAAGAAAAGGAAGGCAAGCAAACGAGAGAAAAGAAGGAGAGGAAUUAAUCUGAAGGAGGAAAAUGUGCUGGUUUCUACAAAGCAGGAGAAGAAAGAAAACCCACUGACUCAGCUGGACAAUCGUUUUGAAGGACUUGAGAUUGAUGGGAUGGAGAUUUCUAUAUAAUAUAGGUAUCCACAAAUAGUUAAGGAGGAAUGGUUAGAGCUUCAGAUGUGUAUGUGAGAGCAUGUUUGGUUGGAUAGUUGCAUCUGUUAUGUUACAUUGAACUUAAGUUCAUGUAAAUGUUAAUUAUGAAAAAGAAGAGAAUUGUAUAUUGAAGUGAUAAUUGCAAAGAUUUUACCAACUGCCAUAGAUAAUAUAUAUAUAUUUUUAUCUGUAAGCAUAGGGUGUGAGAACUUUUGUAAUGUUGAGCAAUUGAUGAAUUCUUCAAUUAAAAAAAAAGUUGUU